UCCAACCAGGCGGUAACUGGAAGAUGUGUAUCACAUGCUUCCAGCAUGCUUUUAUGCAAAUAUAAUCUUGUGCUCCCCAGGCCAUCUUCUUCCCCCACUCCAUGCAGCUAGCUCCACCCUCCACGCCUCUCUCUCCACCCUCAGUGAUAGAUUUUUUAUUUCGGGGAAGCCAGAAAUGGGAAGGAAAUGGCACGCCGUUGCGGUACUGGGCAUAGCCUACAUUGCCGCCACCGCUGUCGCCGUCCAUGACAAGGGCAUUUCGUCCACCGCCACCGCUGCACCGCCGGAGGAAGCAAGCUCACUGGGCAAGCUAGCAAGCUCAGGCAGAACAGCUUAUCACCACGUGUGGCCGCCCAUGAAAUUUGGAUGGCGAAUAGUGUUGGGGUCGUUCAUUGGACUCUUCGGGGCAGCAUUUGGCAGCGUUGGCGGGGUAGGUGGUGGUGGGAUUUUCGUGCCCAUGCUCACCUUGAUCAUGGGCUUCGAUCCCAAGUCAUCGACGGCCAUGUCAAAAUGUAUGAUCACGGGAGCUGCUGUUUCAACCGUGUACUGCAACCUCAAGCUGAAACACCCAACUUUGGACAUGCCAGUGAUAGACUAUGAUCUAGCCCUGCUCAUACAGCCCAUGCUCAUGAUGGGGGUCAGCAUUGGGGUUAUUUGCAAUGUGAUAUUCCCCGACUGGCUUGUCACGGUUCUCCUGAUCCUCCUGUUUCUAGUUACCUCGACUAAAGCUUUUCUGAAGGGUGUAGAAACAUGGAAGAAAGAGACAUUAAUAAAAAGGGACGCAGCGGCAAAACAAGCAGAACGAUCCAGUGAAGAAAUUGAGAAUACGCCGAGGCCUACGGGGCCUGAUGCCGCAGCUGAGAAAAUGACCCCGUCAGAUGAAGCAGCUGUAUCCAUUUGGAAGAACAUUUAUUGGAGGCAGUUUGGCCUUCUUGCCUUUGUUUGGGUAGCAUUCCUUGCGCUUCAGGUCACUAAGAACUAUAUGGCAAUUUGCUCCACAUGGUACUGGGUUUUGAGCUUCCUCCAGCUCCCAGUGUCAGUUGGAGUGUCCAUGUACCAAGCAGCAAGUCUGAUGCAGGGGAAGAGGGUGAUAUCAGCAAGGGCAAAUAAGCAUACGAGCCUGAAAGCUCAUCAGCUAUUGGUAUACUGCUCCUUUGGCAUCGCUGCUGGUGUCCUGGCUGGUCUGCUUGGCGUCGGCGGGGGAACCGUCAUGGGGCCUCUCUUCCUGGAGCUCGGUCUCCCUCCGCAGGUCUCAAGUGCUACAGCCACCUUUGCAAUGAUGUUUUCUUCUUCCAUAGCAGUCGUAGAAUACUACCUCCUGCGUCGGUUCCCUGUACCAUAUGCUCUCUUCUUCACCAGUCUGGCAUUUUUUGCUGCGAUUAUUGGCCAGCGGGUUUCGAGGAAGCUGAUCAAUUUUUUAGGACGGGCAUCAUUUAUCAUCUUCAUAUUGUCCUUCUUCAUCUUCAUCAGCGCGAUUACUCUAGGUGGAGUCGGCAUCUCCAACACAAUUCACAAGAUGGCGCGGCGCGAGUACAUGGGAUUUGGUAACAUUUGCUAAUAUGAUGCGUAGGAAGAUAUAGCUUGCACGCAUACAAGAACGACAUGUUGUGUCGUGCAGUUUAUGUGGAUGGAACACUGAUUUGUGUUAGAAUUGGUUGUCGUGUCAUUAAGCACCUCUGGGAUAUCCUCGCCAGUAAGAAAACCUAGCACCACAGUAGUCAGCUCAUUCAUCUCUAUCAGCCCUGUCUAUGUGAUAUACCUGUAACUAGAUAGAGUUCUUGCGAGUACUUCUUGGGAACAGAAGUUUCCCUUGGUUACUGUUAGAGCCCUAUCUAGAGCUGAAUCUGAUCA